AUGAUAUACCAAACAGUGGUAGGAAAUGGCUUAGUUGAAACACAAAAUAAAGAAUUACUUCAAUGGUUAGCAAUUUGCUUUACAACAAUUUUUGCAGAUUGUGAUGAUUCUGAAAAACUGAAGAAGAAAAAAGAUAUUUCCAACACCAAGAAUCUGAAAUGGUGGAAUUCUGCAUUAGAGAAUGACAAGUCAGUUAUUUUCUUUAGAACCUUUGGGUGGUAUGAAUUUCUAAAUGGUCAAUUUGAAAAGGCUUUUAAUAGCUAUAUUAAAAAACUAGGUGAAUUCAAGGAUGCUUUACGUGAUUACAAAUCUGAAGUACAUGAAUUAGAUAUUCAAAACAAUUACAUCAAAUUAGAAGAUAUUCUUUACAAGGUUUUACCAAAUGUCAAGAUUCCAAAAGCAUUGCAAGAUAUCACAGCCAACAGGAUCAAAUUUACUUUGAACAUAAAAGAUCUUUUAAAACCAGAAGAUUUGGUUUGUUUAGCAUCAUGGAUAAAAGUGUUUCACAACUCUGAUGAAUCUACAGAAGCUACAGAUGAGAAUGAAAAAUUGGAAAUACAUGUUGAAAAUAAAGCUAAUCUUUACAAAAAAUUGGUUUUGAAUGAAGAAAUUGGAGAAGAAAAAGUUUGUAAAGUUUUAAAGGAUAAAGAUGGAAAUCAUAUUGAACCAGAUUCAUUUAGACGUCUUAAUAAGAAAAGACAAAGAAGAGAAGAAGAAGUCCAUACAAGAACUCCAACUUAUCCA